AUGGCUGCUUCCGAGCAUCCGGAAGUGCGUGUCAAGGCCCGCGUCGCGCCUUUGCGCUUGUAUAUCGACCAGGACGUUAAGGACUUUUUGGAAUCCUUUGGCGAGCGCCUCACCCAGGGCAACAAUGCAUCAGCGUCCGGCACGCCGUUUAUCCGCUAUGCCGAAAUCUUCCCUGUGCAUUUGAAACUCGACUACAAACCAAAACGAAUUGACUACAAUGGCUUACAACAGGGCUCAAGUUCCGAGCUGAUCAAUCUCUUCCACUUUGACGCGUCGGUCAUGGUCCUCCGCCGCGCAACUGUGCAUGGGCUCCACGGCUGGGCGCACCUCUUCCGCGUCUUGGACCGCAUCUGGGCGCCGGACGUACGUGCCAAUCAAAUUGCCGACGUUGUUGCCGGCAUCGCGCCUGUACGCACCGUCGUGAACCUCGGUGCUGGCCUCGUGGAUUUAGUGCUUUUGCCCGUGGAACAGUACCAAUCGGACGGUAACCUUGUUCGUGGUUUACAUCGCGGAGCCUCUGGCCUUGUCCAGGCCGCCGCGCUCGAGACACUGCGUAUUGGAGCCCAAAUUUCUGCAGGAACGCAAGUCCUUCUCGAGCGAGCAGAGCACAUGCUCGGCGGCGAUGUUGCUGUGCCGCUCGAAGGCGAGACGCUCGAGGCGAGCCAAGUCUUUGUUCCGGACCGGGUGAGUGUGAAUGCCGAUGCGCCGCGGAACAUGCCCGACGCCGCGCGACAGGCAUGGCGUGGUCUUCACCAUGGUAUGCAGUCGGCCUCGCGCACGAUCCUUGCCGUGCCGCGGCGCGAUACGGCGUCGGACGGGCGCUCGGUGGUCCGUGCGGUACCGGUCGCCAUGCUCCAAGGCGCGGUCGGCGCGACGGAUGCGUCGCGGCGCCUCUUUGUGGGUAUGCAAACGACGUUAGAUCCACAAGUGGCUUCGGCUACGGAGCGCAAGUACAAGAGGCGGGAUGCAAGUCGGUAA